CAAACAUCUAGCAGGGAGGUUUGCUUUGGGCGACCGACUCAAUGCUUGGCGCGGCGGCGUUUUGGGAUAAGCGGCAUGACAAAGAUCUUCGCCGCUGUCUGGCUACUGGCGGCCAGAUGCUUUUCGUGGGAGUUAGGAGACACAGAUCGAUGUGAGACGUCCUUUCUCCAGACCGAGAGGAUUUUGUCUCCACGGCAAGCUCGAGACACUCCUUGGUUGCAGCCAGCAUUGGAGCAUGUGCGCGUUCCCGAUUUCUUCCGACAUGCAGCUCCCCGUGCCACACACCAUCAGCUCUCUCCAAGCAGCGUCCUGGGAAUAGGACAGGACUUGGAGCCAUCAUUUUUGUGGCAAUUAUCAUAUGGGUCUUCUCGCCCUUCCAGGCUUCAGACACUGACACAGAUGCCGCAAAGGAGACCAGUGUUGAUGCGCCAUAUCGCUGGCGCCUGUUUACGGCUAUAAUGUGCAUGACUAUGUACCUGCUGAACUAUGCCGACCGAUACAACAUCUCGGUGGCGAUUAUUGAGAUCAGCGAAGAGCAGGGCUACGACAAGAGGAUGCAAGGCUUCAUCCAGUCCGUAGUUUACCUUGGCUUUUUGCCCGGCACCGUGCUCUUUGGACACCUGGCAUCACCUGACAUCAUUGGCUCAUUCAACUCCUUGCUCUUGGCCUGCUUCUGCUGGUCCAUGGCGACUUUGCUGACGCCGAUCCUUGGAACUUCCGCGCUAAGGGGCUGCUGAUCUUCAUUCGAAUUGUUUUGGGAUUCUUCGAAGGUGGCAGUGCGCCGUGCACUUACCAGCUGGCUGCCCAUUGGUUUCCCAAGGUCCAGUCUAGCCAUAUGUUGGCCUCCGCUGUGGCGGGACAGUGUGCUGGCGCUGCCAUUGCAAAUGCCUUUGGACCUGUGACCGAGACCUGACUGGCGCAUUGUCUUCUACAUGUUUGGUUCCGCCGGCGUUUUGUGGUGUUUGGUCUUCACUGGAAUGGGUGCCGAUUCACCGGAAGAGCAUCGAUAUGUCUCGAAGGAAGAGGUGCUGGCCAUCAAAGAGCUCCGCGAGAAGAGCCAGCAGUCAGCUGUUGGCAGACCACUCGCUUUGCGGCUGCUCCUGGGGCACCCAACCGUGGUGGGCAUUAUGAUCGCAGAAGCUGCAUUCAGCUUCUUGUGGUAUUUUUGGCUAUCUUGGAUGCCCUCCUUCUUUCACGAUGCUUAUGGCUUGUCGACUGGAGAAUCGGGCACACUGGGCUUGAUGUCAUACUGGGUGGCAAUGCCAGCGCCCUUCGUGUGGAGCAAAGUCUUCUCGAUUUGCUAUGAGGCCCGCAAUCAUACGGGGCUUCUUCAGUUGCGAACGCUCUUCUUCUUCAUUACAUUCCUUGGCGCGUCUGGGUUCAGCUUGCUGGUGCUUUUGUGCUACUCCAAAGCCACACCUGUGUUGGCCACAGUGUUGGUGAUGUCUUUGAUAAUAUGCCUUUGCUCCAAGGUGGCAGGGCAAGCAGCCGUGGUGAUCGAUUGUGGAGGAUCAGCCAACUCGGCUCGCGUAGGUGCCCUGAUGCACUUGUCUUCUGCCAUGACCGGCUUCGUGAGCAAUGUGGUGGUCGGGUACUUCUUGGCGACGCCGUCGUUGGGAUACUCCGGGGUCUUCAUGUUGAGCAUCGGCUUUUCCCUCUUGGGGCUCAUCACCUUGGUGCAAACGGUGCAGGUGGAGGUCAUUGAUCACAGCUAUUUCGAGGAUCAAAAAGCUGGCUGAGUGAGCUGCGAAGAACGCCCGAGCCACCUCUUCCCGAC